AUGGCGGUGGAAAACUACGACGUCGUUAUCGUGGGCGCAGGACCUGUUGGCCUUUGUCUUUCAACGUGCCUGGCGAGAUGGGGUUACAAAAUCAAGCAUAUCGACAAUCGACCGGAACCGACCGCCACUGGACGGGCGGACGGAAUCCAGCCACGUUCCUUGGAUCUACUCCGGAAUAUGGGCCUCAAGCGCAAGAUUAUGGAGUACGAACCUGCAAAGGUUUACGAGGUGGCUUUUUGGGACCCGGCGCAGAAGGGCAUUCACAGGACAGGUACUUGGGCUAGUUGUCCCAAGUUCAUCGAUGCACGGUACCCUUUUACUACGCUUCUCCACCAGGGCUUGAUUGAGCGGACGUUCAUUUCGGAUAUUGAGAAGAACGGCAGUGGCAUCCAGAGACCCUGGACGAUCAAGGGGUUCAAGAAUGAUGGCAAGGAUCCGACAUACCCUGUUGAGGUCAACCUGGCGCAUGUUGAUGGCACAAUGGAGGAGACUGUACGCGCAAAGUACUUGUUCAGUGGUGAAGGAGCGAGGAGUUUUGUAAGGGACCAGCUGGGUGUCAAGAUGAUCUACAAAGAUCCUAUUGCGCAUGUUUGGGGUGUCAUGGAUGGAGUUGUCAGAACGAACUUCCCAGACAUCAAGAUGAAAUGCACAAUCCACUCAGACAACGGCUCCAUUAUGAUCAUCCCACGCGAGAACAACAUGGUCCGCUUGUACAUUCAAGUCGCAUCUUCUACAGAUAAAGACUGGGACCCACGGAAGCAGGCUACUGCAGAAGACGUUCAAGCGCGUGCCAAAAAGAUUUUCGAACCAUACACCAUCUCCUGGGAUCGCGUGGAAUGGUACUCAGUCUACCCGAUUGGGCAAGGUAUUGCUGAGCGCUACACACUCGACGAGCGCGUCUUCAUGGGUGGUGAUGCCUGCCAUACCCACAGCCCCAAGGCUGGCCAGGGUAUGAACACAGCCUUCUUAGAUGCAGUAAACUUUGCAUGGAAAAUUCACCACGUAGAGAGCGGCUGGGCACCACGAUCCCUUCUGUCGACAUACGAGUCCGAACGCAAACUCAUUGCUGAGACUCUCCUCGAUUUUGACGCCCGAUACGCAAAGCUCUUCUCCGCCCGGAUACCCUCAGCUGGUGAAGUCGCUGGUGCAUCAGCAAAAGAAGCCGCCGAAGACAAUGAGUUCAUCAAGACAUUCAAAGCCAGCUGCGAAUUCACCAGUGGUUAUGGCGUAGCAUAUAAACCCAACAUGGUAAACUGGGGCCCAGAACACCCCGCACAGCACCCCCUCAUCUUAUCGUACGAAAAGGGCACAACCCAACGAACAGGCAGAAUCAUGACACCGGCAACCGUCACACGUGUCGUAGACGCCAACGUCGUACAUCUGGAACAAGAAAUUCCCAUGAACGGCUCCUAUCGCAUGUUCAUCUUCGGCGGUGCCUUGGACAAGAGCGCAACAGCACUCAAAGACCUAGCAACACAGAUGUCAUCCCCAACAUCCUUCUUCAGCACUUUCCUCCACCGCGACCUCAAGGAGAAGGAUCGCUACCACGAAAAACACAACCCACAUACCGAUUUCCUUUCUCUGGCUCUUGUCUUUUCGCAGCCCCGCUCAAGUAUUCACAUUGAUGAGCAGUUGCCUCAGCCAUUUAACCGCUAUGCUGACCAUGUUUAUGCGGACGACGUCUGGGACCAGAGGGUGCCGGAUGCGAAAGCUGCGGCACAUGCUAAGAUGGGGCUUGACGAGGAGAGGGGAGGCGUCGUUGUUGUCAGGCCGGACGGGUAUGUCGGUGUUGUCGUUAAGCUGGAGGAAGGGAAGGGGACGUGUGAUGCAUUGGACGCGUGGUUCUCGGGGGUUACAGGGAAGAAACUUGGGGGUGAGCGGGCGAGUCUAUAG